GUCUGAAGUGAAAGUGAAAAUUGUCAGUACAAGGAGGGGUUAAAGUAUCAACAGGAGGAGCUAUCCAUCUCCACUGGGAACAAACGCAGAGCAGAGGUUGUUUGUGCAAGAUGGAAUCUCCAGCUAGUUUCACGGGGGGAGAAGCUUAUCAGAAAGAUUUUGACCCUGCAGCGUAUUUGAAAACCUACUAUUCCUUCGGUUCCAGUCAUUGCCAAGGGAAUGAAAUUCUGGAAUUAAACCUGAGAAGCCUGUUUAAGAUAUUCAUUUCAGGUGGGGUGAAAGGCGACACCCUGAUUGACAUCGGCAGCGGCCCCACCAUUUAUCAGCUCCUCUCCGCCUGCGAGAACUUUAAGGAGAUCAUCGCUUCGGACUAUACCGACCGGAACCGCCAGGAACUGGAGAAAUGGCUGAAGAAUGAGCCAGGAGCGUUCGACUGGACUCCAGUGGUGAAAUACGUGUGUGAGCUGGAAGGAGAUAGGGAAAAGUGGGCUGAGAAGGAAGAGAAGUUGAGAAAGAAAGUCAAGCAGGUUCUGAAAUGCGAUGUGUCCAAAUCCAACAUUUUGGCCCCUGCGUCUCUGCCCCAGGCCGACUGCCUGCUCUCCGCACUGUGCUUGGAAGCUGCCUGCAAAGACCUGAACAGCUAUCGUGCAGCACUGAAGAACAUCAGUUCUCUGUUAAAGCCAGGAGGCCACUUGGUGAUGGUGAUAGUCCUGAAAGAAACCUACUACAUGGUAGGCCAACGCAGGUUCUCCUGCCUCUACCUGGAGCGGGAGUCGGUGGAGGAAGCCCUGAGAGAGGCCGGGUAUGAUGUACAAUGUAUGGAGGUGACUCCAAACCGUUCCCAACGCACAUUUUCAGAUUUUGAGGCUGUGCUGAGUCUGGUUGCGUGCAAGCGGCCUGCUUAGUCCUCCUGAAAAUGAGCAAGAAAGAGCCUUGGCGCAAGGGAAAGGGCCGGGCUGGCCUUAGGGAAAAAGGCGCCUGGGGCAAACUUGUAUUUUGGCUCUGUGAGGGGCAGGGAGUUGUAGGGAGCGUGGAGCACAGGGAGCUGGGGUGGGGGCUUCUCAGAGCCAAACCUGCACGUGAUUUUGCAUUGGCAUGUGCAUUAAUCAAAGAAUGUAGAAUUGAGAGAUAGGACAUGUGACCCAAGGACCCCUUGAUGCCAACUGGCAGAUGGCCCCAGGGUACAUAGGUGUAGAGGGAUCUCCUGGGUUCGUCAAAAGGGGUCACGUAAGGUCUCUAAUGAAGCCUGUGUCACACUGAUCGUCAUAAUCAUUGCAAGAUAUAUGUAUGGAAAACAUGUGAAUAGUUAUGGAUCUAUACUAAAAAUGAUGUUCCCUAGGACUGUGAAUUAAGGCAGGCCACCAGGUGAUCCACAUACCUCUGUCAUGCAAGACAGAGAUGCGUAUGUCACGCUGGCUCAUCAUGUGCAAACUGAGCAUUGUGUGGUUCCCAAAGGACACCCAUUUACAAUCUGAGCCAAAUGCUAAUCAAUUGAUUGCAGGGGCUUCAGGAAAAAUAAGCCAGCAGGGGUUAUCUUGAUUAGGCAUAAGGCAAUGAACUUUUGAAACUAUAUCGGGGGUGCAGAUGAACCUCCAGUUAUUCCUUCAGUCUGUGAGGACUGCCAGCAGGAUUGAUUUGAUGAGAAGGGAUCUCAGCUAAACUGGUUGAAAAUUCUGAGAAAAGGAUGUGGGGUAAGCUAUCUCGUAGGAGAUAGCGGAAUGCCUGGUUAGGUGAGUGCCGGCUCUAGAAAACACGUUAUGAUUUUGUUUGAUAUGUAACCACUGCUUUGCAAUAUCCUCACUUGCUGUCCUUGAAUCUCUGUUUUGAUAAUAAACUUAUUCCUGUUUUCACUCUGUGUAUAUAUUGAAGUGUGUUGAGUUGAGUGGUGAUCCUCAGUUGAAUCUUGCAAGCUGGUGUGUUUUUCCUUUAGGGAGUAGCAGCUCAGAGUUCUGUAACUGUUCAGUGGAACAUGGGCUGGGCGUACCAGAGGCCAUUCCGAGAACUCAGCGGGAGGUAUGUGCCCAGCGGUAAUCUGUACUGAGACAGUGAGGCCUACGAAGGGCAGGAAGGCAGUGCUUCUGCUGCCGGAG